AUGGCGAAGGAUCCGCUCAGAUGUAAGCUGGUGGUGGAGGACAAUCCCAUAGAACAAGUUAUGCAAUUCAGAUGUCUGGGCAUAGACAUAUCAAGUACCCACGACCCAGUUAAAGACCUAAGAAGCCAGAUUAACAAAGCAUCCGCACUAUCAGGAUGCCUACGAGAUAUAGUCUGGUCUAAUCCGUACAUGCGCAUAGAUAGUAAAAUUAGAAUCUACAAGACUUGUAUCAGACCUAUCAUGACGUAUGGCACGGAUGUCCGCGAGGACACCAACAAGACGAAACAGAUGCUGAGGGUGGCCGAGAUGAAAACACUUAGAACAAUAGUGGGGAAAACACAAAGAAACAGAGUAAGAAAUACAGAUGUCAAAGAGCAAUGCGGGAUAUUACUCAUUGUGAGAUGUAGAAACAACGUAAGAGGCAGUGGAACAACCAUGUAA